CAUAUUAGAUUGUCAAUGCGCCAUACAUAUUUUCAGCGUGUUGGAAGGCUGUUAAACCUCUCUUGCAAGAAAGGACAGAGGAAAAUUCAGGUGCUUCAAGGUUGUGGACGGGAUGAGUUACUCAACAUAAUGAAUUAUUCGUCCCUUCCACAUUUUUGUCGCAAGGAAGGUUCCGGGUCAUCACGAAAUAGCAGCAAUGGAACUGUAGAUAAUUGUUUCUCAUUAGACCACACCUACCAUCAACAGCUUUACGAUUACAUAAAGCAACAAGCUACACUUGUAGAGACUGGUAGGCCAAUCAAACAGGGAUCAGUUCAUGUAGAUUUUCCCGAGCCGGAUCCAGAAGAUGCCAAGAUUGCAAACACCAUCAAAUCCGAGUUCCAGAAGCUUGCAGACCAAAAUGGUACAUCCAACUCACUGAAUGGCCAUAAAGUAAAUGGUGAUUAGAUCUUUACAUAAUACUGAUCACAAAAAUUGUUACCAAUAUGUUACUCGAAAGUCGACACUUCGACAGGAAAAGGCUAAUGUACCUACAUUAGAAUGAGAGGUCUUGUGGUAUUUGAAUUAUGAAAUGUAAUAGCAGAGUUUUCUUGCACAGGAUCGAAUCCGAGAUCCGAUGUGGGUCUAGCAGACUUCUAAUCUGGUGUAACUUGAUAAUGCCUCCUUUGGGUGGAUAAUAGCAAAUGAUUUUUACCAAAUUAUCUGUAGGAAGCAUGGUAUUGACAGUCAUAAUUGCUUCUGGGAU